ACAUGCGCACUGAAUUAAUCACAGCCAUUUUUUGCAGGAAACUAAUUAGCAGGAAUAAAGAUCCAAAGAGUUUUUUCUUUUCAAUCAUCAGAUCUCACUUUCACCUCUUCCUCGCUCCCUCUAACACAAGACUCAUCGCCUGCUUUGCAUCCAAAUUAUUUUUAUAUUGCCUUUAACAACUAAUAGUACCUACUUCGGUUUUUUACACUCCGCAACAACAAUGAUCUUUCUUUUGCCACCCUAAGCGCAAACUGACCAAAAGGGGACUGCCUUGAUGGGAUCUUUAGCUAAAUCAUCUCAAUACUGGAUUAAAAAGCGAGGAUCACAAAACGGCAGCGAGAAAUUGCCUGGAUGCGAUGAACGCCUCAUGUAGGCAUCAGCAUGGACAGCUGUGAGUCUCCUGUGGUUUCUGGGACAGACGAUGGGCUCGGCUCCUCCCAGCAGCAGCAACCACCACAGCCCUGGAACGAUCACUCUAGCUCACAGGUCCCUUGCACCAACCAGGACCCUUCGCUGGACCCCUUGUCUCUCUCUGCUCCGUACCCUUCUCAACUCAAAAACUCCAGUGCAACUCAUGACGGAGUGAGAGAACCACUGUCCCAGCAGCAGCAACCAAAACAGACAUCACCCGAGGCCCACCGUGAUAGCUCUGCCACAGGCCAGCUGCAUCCCAUAAGAGAGGGUCUUGAAGAAGAAGAGCAAGAGGGAAUAAGCUGUGGAGAAGAGGAAGAAUCUGAGGACUUAGAUGAAAUGGAGAUUGACAACUGUUUCCCUAGUCUUCAACCCUUUCCUGGGGUCUCAAUGGCAUCUGGGGGAGGGGGUAUGCCCACUCUUUUGCGGCAUCAGCCCACAAGACAGCAGGGAGCACCUGAGAGUGGGAGUGAUGAAGGAGAGGAGGAAGAAGAAGAGGAAAGUAGUGAUGUGGAGAACCUUGCUGGAGAGAUAGUGUACCAGCCAGAUGGCUCCGCCUACAUCGUAGAGAGCAUCAGUCAGUUGAUCCAAAGUGGUGGGGGCAUGGGCAGCCUGCUUCCCACAAACUCUCUCACCAGUGGGGGAAAACCGGGGGAUCCUGCUGGGACUUCAUCCUCGGUCUACCCUCACAUCAUCAACACGUUCCACAUAGCCUCGUCCUUCAGGAAGUGGUUUGGCAAUUCAGACCAAGGUUUCCCCAAUACCUCAACCAUGGCAGGUCUCAGCCCUGUCCUGCACAGUUUCCGUGUCUUUGAUGUGCGGCACAAAAGCAACAAGGAUUACCUGAACAGCGAUGGGUCUGCCAAGAAGUCCUGUGUAUCCAAAGAUGUUCCCAACAACGUGGAUUUCUCCAAAUUUGAUGGGCUAGCCCUAUAUGGCAAGGGUAAGCCCAUUCUCAUGUGUUUUCUCUGCAAGCUGUCCUUUGGCUAUGCCCGUUCCUUUGCCACUCAUGCCGUCCAUGAUCACCGGAUGACACUGUGUGAGGACGAACGGCAGCUGCUAGGGGACAAGCAAGCAUCUGCCAUCAUCCAGGGCAUUGGGAAGGACAAAGAGCCCCUCAUCAGUUUCCUGGAACCAAAAAAUAAGAGCACUUCUCUGCCACCAAACCUGCUCCCCAAUAACUCUGGCCAGAGCUUCUAUGGCACUUUUAGUGGUGUCCAUUUUGAGCCUGGAAGCAGCAGCAGAGGCAGAGAGAGCCUCCUCAACAAAGACUCUGACUCUGGUCCCAUCCAACAGCAGCAGCAGCAACAAAACCCACUAAGCUCAGUCCUCUCUCUUGGGGGGCUGAGCAUUCCCAAAGCAUCAACUCUUACCUCGUCCUCAGGCUCUGCCAAAGACUCCAGUGCCCUGCCCAAACAGGGAGGGAGAACAGAGGAGCCUGCUGGGAAAGAGUUGGCAUGCAAGGGAGAGGAUGGGGACACCAAGGGAAAUGAAAACAAGGCGCACUUAUCGAGCCAGAUUGGUUGCUCGGAAGAAGAAGAAGAAGAAGAAGAAGAACUGUUAUUAGGGCAGGAGGAAGAUGAGUUAGAGGCAGAAAGCACUGCAGUGGUCUGUGGUGGUAACAGUAGCAGCGGCAAGGGUGAAGCGGGGGAACAAGCUAUCUCAAACCAAAGCAUUUCCAAAUCUUCUUUAUUAAUGCCUAGUAGCGCUCUCCAGCCUUCUGCCUGCACCUCUGCGGUCAGUUCCACACUAAACAGCAAAGACCCUGCUUCCACUUCCUCCUCUGUUAAGAAAGAGGGUUCAGCUGCAGACAGUGGAGGGAGGACCUCAGAGCUCCCUCUGAGCUUUAACUGUCAGGGACCCACUGUUCCCAUGGCAGUGAGAAGGAGCGAAGACGACACUGCUGGCACUUCCUCCUCACCUCUGUCCUCCAAUGCUGCUGCUGAUGAAAGUGCCAAUCGAGAUAGUGCCACAGCUCCAGAACCAAAUGAUUGCUCAGCAGAGGGAGAGGAGGAAAAUGGAGCCCUUCUGCACCAUCACCACAUGCACCACCAUCAUCAUCUCCUCCACCCAUCAUCUCAAGGUCACUCGCACCUCUUCCCGGGAGGCUCCUGUGACUUAACAGGGAUGGGCGAGUGUUCCCAGAACCAUGGGCCUGGUGGCAGCGGAAGUGGGGUAGAAUGCCCUAAAUGUGACACCGUUCUGGGUUCUUCACGCUCCUUGGGUGGACACAUGACCAUGAUGCAUUCACGCAACUCAUGCAAGACACUGAAGUGUCCGAAAUGCAACUGGCAUUACAAGUACCAGCAGACAUUGGAGGCACACAUGAAAGAGAAACACCCCGACUCUGGAGGUACCUGUUCGUACUGCACAAGUGGUCAGAGCCACCCUCGUCUGGCUCGUGGAGAAAGCUAUACCUGUGGAUACAAGCCCUUCCGUUGUGAGGUUUGUAACUACUCAACCACCACAAAGGGCAACUUAAGCAUCCAUAUGCAGUCGGACAAGCACUUGAACAACAUGCAGACACUACAGAAUGGAGGUACCAUUGGAUCUGCACAGGAGCAGGUAUUCGGACAUACCCCAGGUGGAGUGGUUGCAGUCCCCUCAGUGACCCAGUCCAGUAGCCAUCACCCUCCACACCACCAUCCAACACAGUCCUCCACGCAUAUGGCUGGACCGUGUGGGGCCCCUUCCCCGACCAAGCCCAAGAGCAAACCCACUUGGCGGUGUGAGGUAUGUGACUACGAGACCAAUGUGGCACGGAAUCUGCGUAUCCACAUGACCAGCGAGAAGCACAUGCACAAUAUGAUGCUACUCCAACAGAAUGUCACUCAGAUGCAGCAUGGACGACUUGGCUUGGGAGCCAUGCCUUCACCAUCUGAAGCUGAGCUAUACCAAUAUUACCUGGCCCAAAACAUGAGCCUUCCACCAGGCCUCAAGAUAGACCCAGCUGGAGCUGAGGCCCAGUUCCUGAUGGGGAGUUUUCACAUUGAUCCCAACAUGGCUGCCCUGGCCCCUGCACUUGUAGGUGGGGAGAUCCCUAUGGAUGUGCGGCUGGGCAGCGGGCAGUUGGUGUCCGAAGAACUGAUGACCCUGGGAGAAAGUCUAUCACAAACCAGUGACCCCUCCCUCAAGCUCUUUCAGUGCGCUGUAUGCAACCGCUUCACCACUGACAACCUGGAUGUGCUUGGCAUGCAUAUGGGAGCUGAACGCAGCCUACCGGAGGAAGAAUGGCGUGCUGUGGUGGGUGACUCUCACCAGUGCAAGUUGUGCCACUACACCACUCAGCUCAAAGCAAACUUCCAGCUGCACUGCAAGACAGACAAGCAUGUGCAAAAGUACCAGCUUGUGGCCCACAUCAAAGAAGGGGGCAAAGGCAAUGAAUGGCGUCUGAAAUGUGUGGCCAUAGGCAACCCAGUGCACCUGAAGUGUAACGCCUGCGACUACUACACUAACAGCCUGGAAAAGCUGAGGAUGCACACUGUCAACACCCGUCAUGAGGCGAGCCUCAAACUCUACAAGCACCUGCAGCAUCACGAAAACGCUGUGGAGGGUGAUGCCUGCUACUACCAUUGUGUGCUGUGUAACUACUCAACCAAGGCCAAGCUCAACCUGAUCCAGCAUGUGCGCUCCAUGAAGCACCAGCGCAGUGAGAGCCUCAGGAAGCUGCAGCGCUUGCAGAAGGGCCUGCCGGAGGAGGAGGAGGACCUCAGCUCCAUCUUCACCAUACGCAAAUGCUCUUCUUCAGAUACAGGAGAGCUGAGUGAGGAUGUGGAGGCUGCUAGUGAGACCACCACAGACCAGGAGGACCAAACCAAAGACAGAGAAAGUGGGGGGGAGAAGGAGCUCACCAAAGGGACAGCAGUGUCUGGCCACUCGGAGCGACACCAGUCAGAUUCCCCGGUCCCCUCCAAAAGGCCCUCUUCUCGGUCGGAGACCUCGGAGAGCCCUCUUUCCUCAAAGCGUCCCAGGACAGCUGAGAAGAGUGCUGCGGAGCAGAUGUACCAGUGUCCCUACUGCAAGUUCACCAACACGGACUUGAAUCGUCUAAGAAUGCACGUGAUGACGCAGCACUCUGUCCAGCCAAUGUUACGUUGCCCAUUAUGCCAGGACAUGCUCAACAACAAGGUCCACCUGCAGUUCCACCUGACACACCUCCACAGCGUGGCCCCUGACUGUGUGGAGAAGCUUAUUGCCUCAGUAACAGCAUCUGAAGUACUGCCAGCCAGCAUGUUCAUACCUGUACCAAGUCCAGAGAGAGAGUCCCAAAGCACCCCUCAUGCUACAGCCAACUCUAACUCUGAAGAUAUAAAGAAGCAAACUGAUGCAUCAGAAGCUGAUCCAGAGAAGGGGAUGUCACUCCCAACAGAAACAGCUGAAUCUCAAAAGUCACCUCUGGAAGAUCAGCAGUCAGAGAGGGAUGAUGCCACAGGAUUUCUGUGCUGGAAGAAAGGCUGUAAUCAAGUGUUUAAAUCCUCCAACUCCCUCCAGAUGCACUUCAAUGAGGUUCACAACAAAAGGCCCCAGUUGCCUGUUUCAGAACGCCAUGUCUACAAGUAUCGCUGUAACCAAUGCAGCCUGGCCUUCAAGACUGUGGAGAAACUACAGCUCCAUUCACAGUACCAUGUGAUCAGGGCAGCCACCAUGUGCUGUCUCUGCCAGCGAAGCUUCAGAACACUCCAGGCCUUGAAGAAACAUCUAGAGACUAGCCAUCUGGAGCUGAGUGAAGCUGAUAUCCAGCAGCUUUAUGGGGGCUUAUUGAUGAAUGGUGACAUUAUGGUAAUGGGUGACCCAUCCCUUGGUGAGGAGCAUGGAAGUCUUGGAGAAGAUGACAAAGAGGGAGAUGAAAGUGACCAAGAAGAUAAACAAAGCCCAACAGGCAGUGAUUCUGGUUCACUGCUGGAAGAUUCUGGAUCUGAACCUAAACGUGCAUUGCCAUUCAGAAAGGGCCCCAACUUCACCAUGGAGAAGUUCUUGGAUCCAUCUCGUCCUUUCAAGUGCACUGUAUGCAAAGAGUCUUUUACACAGAAGAACAUUCUUCUGGUUCACUAUAACUCUGUCUCCCACCUUCACAAGGUGAAAAGGGCUCUUCAGGAGUCCACUACUGGACAGCCGGAGCCCACCAGCAGCCCUGACAACAAGCCAUUCAAGUGCAGCACUUGUAAUGUGGCGUAUAGCCAGAGUUCCACUCUGGAGAUCCACAUGCGCUCUGUUCUACACCAGACCAAAGCUAGGGCAGCCAAACUUGAAGCAGCAGGGGGGAUUCCUAGCUCUGCAAGUGCUACUAGUUUAGGCGGCGGGGGGUCCAGCAUCAGCACUUCAACAUCUAGUCCAAGCCCAGCUAGUAACUCAACUACUAGCUCUACCAAUCACAGUUCUGCUGCAUCUCAAAUAGCUCACAGUAUGCUUGGAUUAAACAAUAUUAUCCAGGGUCAUAUCAAUGAGAGCAUGGGGAAUUCUUCAGCGAGCUGCCAUUCCUCAACAUCGGAGAACCAUGAAGUAAAAAAGUCAAAGUUUUCUGACAUGCUUUCUGCUAGGGGGCAGCAACAGCAGCAGCAACAGCAGCAACAGCAGCAACAGCAACAACAGCAACAACAGCAACAACAGCAACAGCAACAACAACAGCAACAGCAACAGCAACAACAACAGCAACAGCAACAACAGCAACAACAACAGCUUCAGCAACAACAGCAAUUGGCCCAGGCUCAAGCCCAAGCUCAAGCCCAGCUUCAACAAGAGCUCCAGCAGCAGGCUGCUAUUUUACAAUCACAGCUAUUCAACCCAGCACUUCUGCAGCACUUCCCAAUGACAGCUGAAGCACUUCUCCCCCUGCAACAGCAGCAGUUGCUAUUCCCUUUCUACAUCCCUGGUGCAGAAUUUCAGCUGAACCCAGAGAUCAGCCUCAGUAACGCAGCGCUUGGUCUAGCAGGUUCCUCCACCUCCUCCUUGCUGGAAGAUCUAAAAAACUCGGCCCAGCAGGCCCAGCAAAGUUGCUUGCAGCAGCAAUUGAUGCAUCACCACAUGCAGCAGCAACAUCAACAACAGCAGCAGCAGCAACAACAGCAGCAACAACAACAGCAGCAGGCUCAGGGGCAGAUGGCUUUGUUGCAACAGAGUGCAGCUCUGCUCCAUCAGGCUGAAAAAAAGCAGAGACUUUCCAACUUACAGAAUGAGAGAGAAAGAGAACUACAAAGAGAAAGGGCCACAAAUGAAAAAAAUGAAGAAUAUGUUAACAAAGAUUCUACAGACAGUAAGUCAAGAGAGAAGAAGGACAUGCAACAUAUUGCUUUAAACAUGAACCAUGAUACUGGCUUGCCUCCUCCAAGGAUUGCUUCAGAUGCUCGUGGAAAUGCUACCAAAGCUCUGCUGGAAAAUUUUGGUUUUGAGUUAGUUAUUCAGUACAAUGAAAAUAAACAGAAAGCUCAGAAAAAGACAGCUGGACCUACAGGAUCAAGUGGUCCAGGUGGGAUAACAAGAGUGGUGGACCCCAUUGAGGGAUUAGAGAAACUGGAAUGUGAAGCCUGUGGCAAGCUGUUUUCAAACAUUCUGAUUCUGAAGAGUCACCAGGAGCAUAUCCACCAGGCUUUCUUUCCCUUUCGAUCCCUGGAGAGAUUUGCUAAGGAGUACAGAGAACAAUAUGAUAAACUCUAUCCACUGAGACCCCCUACACCAGAGGCUGCUCCGGCUCCUCCACAGCCUCCUCCUCCUCCACCUCCUCCCCCCCAAAGAGCUCCAACACCAAAUAUUCCUGUCUCUGCUGCCUCACUUACACCUCCAACUGUAUCUAACCCGCAGCCGCAAGUUCAAAUGGCACAAAUUCCCAUGCCAAUGGAUUUGCCACUCUUCUCACCACUUAUGAUGCAGUCCAUGUCUCUCCAGUCAUUGCCUCCACAGCUACAAUCUGUCGAGCCAAGCCUGGCAUCAGACCUGGCCCAGCUCUAUCAACAGCAGCUUACACCAGCCAUGCUGCAGCAGCAGCAGAACAAGAGGCCGCGGACACGCAUUACAGAUGACCAGCUUAGGGUCCUGCGACAAUACUUUGAUAUCAACAAUUCGCCAAAUGAGGAACAGAUUAAAGAGAUGGCAGACAAGUCAGGGCUUCCACAAAAAGUCAUAAAGCACUGGUUCAGGAACACCCUUUUUAAAGAACGACAGCGUAACAAAGACUCGCCAUACAAUUUCAAUAAUCCACCAACAACAACAUUAGAAGAAACCAAAAUUGACUCUAAACCUCCUUCCCCUGAACCUUUGAAACAAGAAUAUUAUGGAAGCAAGAGAUCCUCCAGGACUAGGUUUACUGACUACCAGCUAAGAGUGCUACAAGACUUCUUUGAUGCCAAUGCGUAUCCCAAAGAUGAUGAAUUCGAACAACUUUCCAACCUUUUGAGUCUCCCCACUCGUGUGAUUGUUGUGUGGUUCCAAAAUGCUCGCCAGAAGGCAAGGAAAAAUUAUGAAAACCAAGGUGAGGGGGCAAAAGAGGGAGAAAGAAGAGAAUUGUCAAAUGAUCGGUAUAUACGGACAUCAAAUCUGAACUACCAGUGCAAGAAAUGCAGUUUGGUUUUCCAGCGUAUAUUUGAUCUGAUAAAACACCAAAAGAAGCUGUGUUACAAAGAUGAAGAUGAUGAGGGUCAAUAUGACAGCCAAAAUGAAGAUUCACUGGAUUAUUCCAAUGACUGUUAUACUCCCUCUGGGUCUUCCUGUCACACCCCAAUGCCCUCCUCUUCAAGUCUCUGCCCACUUCCACCCUCCACUUCAGCAUUCUCACAGCUCCCAUCCACUGAGAAAGAGGAGGCAUUACCAGCAUCCACCUCUAGCCUCUUUGAUGAGAAGCCCAAGCAGUUACCAGACAUUUCUGCUGAUCCACGGGAAAACCAAACUUCUAUUAAGCAGGAGGUUGUGCAUCAACCUCAAUCAGAGGCACAACACCAUAGAUCUCAGAGAGAAGAGAAGAUUCAAACUAGUUCAAAGCCCACCAAGCAUUCAUCGUCCUCUUUCUCUCAACAACAGCAGCAGUGUGGUCCCUCUGCCUCGCAGACAAACCAGGCCUCAUUGCAAAGCCAGCAUAUGAGCCUCAAUGCACAUCUGACCUCUGCCACACAACAACUGGCACAACAGAUGAUCCCGUACCAGUGUGAUCAGUGCAAGAUUGGCUUCCCCUCCUUUGAGCACUGGCAAGAACACCAGCAAUUACACUUCCUUUCUGUGCAAAAUCAAUUCAUCCACCCUCAAUUCCUUGACCGUCCAAUAGAUAUGUCUUUCAUGCUAUUUGACCCCAGCAAUCCUCUCCUGGCAAGUCAGCUACUCUCUGGAGCAAUGCCACAGAUUCCCAGCAGCUCUGCCACCUCUCCGUCCACCCCCACCUCCACCAUGAAUUCUCUGAAGAGGAAGUUGGAGGAAAAAGCUGGCACUAGCCCAGGAGAGAACGACAGCACAAAUAGUGGAGAAGAACCACAGAGAGACAAGAGGCUCAGAACCACCAUCACACCUGAGCAGCUAGAGAUCCUUUAUCAGAAGUACUUAUUAGACUCAAAUCCUACGCGUAAAAUGCUUGACCACAUUGCACAUGAGGUGGGAUUGAAAAAGAGAGUAGUGCAAGUUUGGUUCCAAAAUACCAGGGCUAGAGAAAGAAAAGGGCAGUUUAGGGCAGUAGGGCCAGCUCAAGCUCAUCGUAGGUGCCCUUUUUGUCGAGCACUUUUUAAAGCAAAAACUGCCCUAGAGGCACACAUUCGCUCUCGUCACUGGCAUGAAGCCAAACGUGCUGGAUAUAAUUUAGCUUUAGCUGGUAUGUUUCCUGAUCAUGAUGGUGUGCAAAUAAAAAUAGAUGGUCUAGAGACAUCAAGCUACUCCCAACUGGCCCCAGCACACAGUGAUGGACAUAGCUCCUCUAUGUCACCAGUAAACAAAAUCAUGGAUUUGUCUCCAAGGGCUCUACUGAGCCCUUCAUCCAUUAAAGUUGAGGGAAUGGAAGAUUUUGAGACUGCAACCAUGUCUUCUGUGAACCUCAGCUAUGAUCCAAACAAACUGGAUAAUGAUGACUGCUCUUCUGUGAAUACAGCAAUCACUGACACAACCACAGGCGAUGAGGCCAAUGCUGAUAAUGACAGUGCUGAUGCAAAGCACAGCCAGCAUAGUGGUGAUUACCUGUCUAAGUCUGGUGGCACAGCAGCCAUCCUUGAAACUGAUGACCAGAUGUCUUCAGGGCUAGUAAGCCCUGCAACAAGCUAUUAUACUAAGGACUAUGAUGAACAUAUUAUUGAUCACAGUGAGACGUCCAGCCUGGCUGACCCCUGUUCACCAAGUCCUGGAGCCUCAGGGACCAGGAGCAUCGACAGUGGAGAUCGACCUGGCCAAAAGCGCUUCCGGACGCAGAUGACUAACCUUCAGCUAAAAUUGUUGAAAUCCUGUUUUAACGACUACAGGACUCCAACUAUGCUGGAGUGUGAGGUACUUGGCAAUGAUAUUGGACUUCCAAAGAGAGUCGUUCAGGUGUGGUUUCAAAAUGCUCGUGCCAAGGAGAAAAAAGCAAAACUCAACAUGGCCAAGCACUUUGGAAUUAAUCACACAUCCUAUGAGGGGCCGAGGACGGAGUGCACUUUGUGUGGUGUAAAGUACACUGCUCGCCUCUCUAUUCGUGAUCACAUUUUCUCCCAGCAACACAUCUCUAAGGUGAAGGAUACCAUUGGCAGUCAAAUCGAUAAGGAAAAAGAAUACUUUGACCCCGCCACCGUCCGCCAACUUAUGGCCCAGCAAGAAAUGGACCGCAUUAAGAAGGCCAAUGAAGUUUUAGGACUAGCGCAGCAGCAGGCCAUGCAGCAGCAGGGUUUGUUUGAUAACCCUGCAAUGCAGGCUCUGAAUCUUCAGUCAUCAUAUCCUAAUCUGCAAGGCAUACCACCAGUUCUUUUGCCAGGGGUUGGCAGCCCCUCUCUUUCCAGCUUUAACUCAUCUAAUUCAGCUUUAACUCCUCCAAAACCUUCAAACCUCCUGAACAUGCCUGGUGCCAGUGUUCCCUCGCCUAGCCUCCCCACGUCUGGAUUACCCAACAAGCCUCCCUCCUCAUCAUCUCUUGCCGCAUCGAGCUCAGCCCAGACCAGCACAUCUGCUUCCCACUCAAGCUCAACCGUCACAUCCAACUCCACUUCCUCAACCACCCCGUCUGGCUCCCGGCCUGAACCCUCUAAAGAACGUGAUGUUGAGGGGAUAAGGGAGAAGGAGAAGUCCAAGGAAAAGACAGAAAAGUCCUCAACCCCAUCGUCAACUGGAAGUACCCCUGCCCCUUCCACUUCUGCUGCCAGUGCCAAGAAGGAGAAACCAGACACAGCUGUACCUGCCACCUCUAUGCCCACACCUGGUAUGGAGUAUGUAGUAGAUCCUGCCCAGCUUCAGGCCCUGCAGGCUGCUUUGGCAUCUGACCCCACAGCUCUCCUCACAAACCAAUUCCUUCCCUACUUCAUGCCUGGCUUCUCCCCGUAUUACAGCCCACAGAUCCCUGGGGCUCUCCAAGGAGGUUACCUGCAACCGAUGUAUGGAAUGGAAAGUCUCUUCCCUUACAACCCAGCAUUGUCACAAGCACUGAUGGGCCUGUCUCCGGGGUCCCUGCUGCAGCAUUACCAGCAAUAUCAGCAGAGCUUGCAGGACGCACUACAGCAGCAGCAGAGGCAGCUUCAGCAGAUCCAGCAACCCAAGGCUAGCCAAACUCCGGUCCCCCCUCAACCCUUGGGGGAUCGCAAAGAAUCUGCCAAAGAUCAAGUGAAAACCGAGGAGCAAAAGGGCAAGCCCAAUAGUGAACCCCCCAAUUCCUCCUCCUCCUCUCAUAAAAAAGUACCCUCUCAGCAGAAAGAGAUGGAUGGCAAAGCUGUGGACAAGUUUAUCGUCCCGAAGGUGCAGUGUAAACUGGCAUGUCGCAAAUGUCAAGCAGUUUUCACAAAAGAAGAAGAGGCUAUUACCCAUGUUAAAUCUAACUGUUUUUUCGGUCAGUCUGUGGCAAACCUGCAAGAGAUGUUGCUGCGUGUCCCUGGUGGCGUAGGUGCAGGGGCUGGAAGUCUCUAUGACUGUCUGGCAUGUGACACUACGUUGGAUGGGGAGAAAGCACUCAGUCAACACCUGGAAUCGGCAUUGCACAAACACAGAACAAUCAAGCGAUCAGCCAGAAAUGCCAAAGAGCACGCUACUAGUUUAUUACCUCACUCUUCAGCCUGCUUCCCCAAUCCUAACACCGCAUCUACCUCGCAGUCUGCCACUCAUCCCAUCAGCAGCCCCCCUCCCCCGCCAACAACAUCAGCCACCAUGCCAUCCUCUGCUGUCUCCUCUUCCCUCUGCUCCUCCUCUACUACCCCUCUCAACACCACAGCUGCCGGCAAACCAUGGCCCCAGGCCCCUUUCUCCAGAGCUUUAGCUGGGAAGCCCAAUGCCAGUCCCUCCUCUUCUUCCUCCUCUUUUCCUCCAAUGUCCUCACCUUCAACGGUUACCUCAAGUUCAUUGAGCACCUCAGGAGUUCAGACCUCGAUACCAACAGACGUCUUUACCGACGAGUCUGACUCUGACAGUAGUCAGAAGUCAGUGGACAGGCUUGGCAGGACGGCGGAGGAGCCGCAGCAGCCUGGCUUUGUCAAAGACAGUAGUAGUUGUAGUAGUAAUCUUGCUAGUGUAGGAACAGACUCCAUCAGAUUGUAAAGAGCUUUCAAUGAUGGACAAUAUUUAAAAAACACUUAAAAAGAAAAAAAAAAUCACAAAUGGAAAAAACAUAAAAAGCAGCAAUGUUAAAAAUACAUUAAACGUAUACAAACCAAUUUCAGAAAAAGAUGUGUAAAGACUAACUGCAAUUCCAAAGCUUGUAACCAAAAAUUUUAAUGUUAGUGGAUUGUUUUCCCAUAUCAACAUGCUGGUUUUCCUUUUGUUUGUUUGUUUGUUUGUUUGUUUGUUUGUUUUUCUCAACUGAAAUACAUGCAUACUAAUAUAUGAGAAUAGAAAAGAUUGCUGCAGUUAUGUUUUGGGUAAUGAUAGAGGGAUGCUGUACUGUAUGGCAAUGGACUGCCUCAAAGUUGACAAAUGGCCCAAGAACCCAUUUGAAGAAAUACAAGUCAACAAGCUGUCCCUUUGUUUUUGUAAUAAUUUCUACUUAAUAGCACAGUCACAAAAAGCCAGUAUGUACUGUAUGGGAGAAUAGUCUAUCAGUUUUCUUGCUAUUUAAGCAUUCAGAUACCAAUGGCUUGCAAAAGUAAAAGAAUAAUGUAAUGUCUAUUUUAUUCUCAGGUCAACAGCUCACAGAGGUUUUUUCUGUUACAGAAAUUCACGUUACACCUUUUGUUUCCAACAGGAGAUAAGCAUUGUUUCUUUCAUAUGUUGAUUUAAUAACAUAAAAUGUUAAGUUGAGUGAAAUUGUUAACACGGCAUUGUAUCUGGGCAUUCAAAAAGGGUAAAUGAUUUGCUGGUUUUAACAUUGGAAAUCCUUUUAAAUCCAUUAUACCCAGACAAGGAGAGCAUUGCAGACAAUAACGGGCGUUAAAAAGAGUUUUGAUUAAAAAAAACAACCUUCUGUAUUUAUGAUAGAUAUGAACAUUUUUGGUGUUAAGUAGAUUGUUGCAUUGGAAAUGAAUUUAAACAGUAUGGUAGGUUGAAAAAACUUUGUGUACAUUUAGCUUUUGUAUUGUCCAACUUUAAGACGCUUCAUUUGAUGUUGUCUUGGUCAUUCCGAUAGACUAGAUUAUGGACAGGUAAUUUAUCGCAUUUUGUUUCUGUCUUAUUCUCAACUUCUUGAGAAACAUUCACCCAAAUGCCCCUCCUGACAAGGCAGGAUCCUCCUUAAGAAUUAUUUAAAUGUUAUGCUUUGGUUGGUAUUGCGCUAACCAAAACUAAAAAGAUCCUGGGGGAAAUAUUGAACGUUUUAUUUUAUUUAAUUUUUGUGUUACCUUUGUGCACUUAUCACUGUCUGACUCCUAUUUCUCACUCUACUUGUUCCUAUCUUCGCACUUAUUUUUCUCUGCUCUCCUGUGUUUGUAGAUAUGUACACUACAAAACAGGUCUUUUGUUCUUCAUGUAGUGUGGCUACAGUCUUUAUUUUCAUUUUGACAUGUUUGUUGUCAUAAAUGAAAAUGAAAAAGAAUACUAAUAAUAAUUCUCACGCUUUAAGACAAAAAGAAAAUCCAAAGACUAAACACUUUUCACCAUUGGUGCAUACAUAUGAGAAAAGAGGCUUCUUUAUACUUGAGAAUUUGUUGCUGUUUUUAGAGGAAAGAAAACAAAGUUUUAAAAGACAAAGGAGUACGUAUCAGAGUUGCCGUUUCUGCUUCUUUGCAAGCAAACAGGUGGCUUUUUUACGUAAAUACCAAAAACCAAAAAGGGCCCUUGUCCUUGCAUUGUGGAGUAGCACCGUUACAGAGCCAUUGCAGUUUGUAAGAUAGAGGUUAUUAAUCUUUGUUUUACUUUUUUGUCACAUUCAAGUGUCCAUUUUUUAAAGAAAACAUUUAUAAGGUCUGGUCUUCAAGGACAUACGUUUUGCUGCUAAUGUAGAAUUUUGAAAGGAAAAAAAAUACCUAGAUGCAUGCUCAUUUUGCUUUUGGCUAAGCUUUAACUAAAACCAACAAUAAACCAAUUUCUUGCCUCUGCAACACCUUUUUUUUCUUGUUGCAAAAACGGAACUUUGAAGACUGUGAAUAUAUGUUCCAAAGGACAUUUUGCCGAUUUUUUUUUUUUUGAACAGACCAAUGUUUAAAGCCAAUGAUCUAUAAUGUUUGUAAAGACAGUGCAUUCCAAAUAUCACAGUGGAUUUUUGUUAAGCAAGGACUGAUCCUAUUUCAUUUAAUUGCUUUUAAUUGUCACAAUCGAUUUUUUUCUCUUUUUUUUUUUAAGUGACUGUAAACUGUUGUGUACAUUUUUGCUUCAUUGGUUGCUGAAUAACGUGACCUCCAUAUGUCAUUUUGUGCUGGCAUGGAACAUUGCUGAAAAUCCCUCCAUCCAGUCAAGGUUGUUGCUCAUUUGUUAAGCAAGUAAUAGUGGUUACCAAAAAAUGUAUAUAAUACAUCUGGUACUGAUGCGUCUCAUAGGUUUAGUAACAUUUAUGCCAGUCAACAUACAACUAGUCUCAGAGGGAAAUGAUGGCUUUUUUGAUGAGUUGACCCCUUCCUGGGAAAUCCACCAGUGACUUGUCCCACGUGUCUGCAGGGUGCCACUUCCAUGCACAGAUUACAGGUCUUUAAGGGACAUCUUCAUUCCAAAGCAUUAUUUCUGGAAAAAGGAGGAGGUUUUUUGAAGAUGUCCCUUGAUUUCAAAUAGCAAGGAUGCUUUCAUGUCCAAAGAAGUCAACCACUUCAUUUUAUUACAAAGAACAUAGAAGUGCAUAGUUACCCCCACCCUCUCACUGAUGAUUCAAUGAACUAAUAGUUUUAUUUUUAAAACCAAAACCAAAACCUAUUUAAAUUUGUGAAACUACUUUUUGGCCACUAUUGUUUGAAGUGCUUCGUGUUGCAGAACAAUGUGAUUCGGUGUUAAUACCACAGCAUGCUGUUGGAAGUCAUGAGAUUUGGUCUGCAAGCUUGUUACCUUUUUAGAAGUCCAAUUCCCUUGAAUUACUCUUCACAUGUUGUUUCUGAAAUCUUAAGUUGUACAGUUUUCUUAAAUGUUCUCUUCUUUUCAUUUUCAGACAAUGUCAGACGUGUUGUUAUUUUCUUAUAAUUAUUUGUAUUUUAUUUAGUUAAUGUAUAUUACUUUUUAUCAUAAAUUAACACUAGCUUUAAUUUGAAUUGCUGAAAUUACGAAACAAAAAAUAUGACCUGGCCACUUUAUGGUGUGAAAUGUUCUUUAUAUUCAUUGUCUACCUGAUACUGUUUGCUCUCUUAUUUCCAAAGUGUAAUUUUUUGGGCUCUUUUGUGGAAGACAAAGUUGAGGUCUCUACAUAAGAUUCAGCCAGCAUGGACUGUGUGUGUGUGUGUGUGUGUGUGUGUGUGUGUGUGUGUGUGUGUGUGUGUGUGUGUGUGUGUGUGUGUGUGUGUGUGUGUGUGUGUGUGUGUGUGUGUGUGUGUGUGUGUGUGUGUGUGUGUGUGUGUGUGUGUGUGUGUGUGUGUGUGUGUGUGUGUGUGUGUGUGUUUCAUAAGAGCCAGCAUCAAUUCAAUUUUUUUCUUGUUUGCCUUUUAUUGUUUUUAUAUGUUACACACCAAAACAAACUGAACCACAAAAGCUGGAUUAUGAAUAACACAAAUUUAGAAAAUCCAAUUUUAAAGAAAAUGAUCAGAAACAAUACCGAAGCACUGAGCAGUUUUUACUUUGAUUGAUUUUAUGAAUGUGGCCAAAGCUUUAUGCAGUUGAAAUGAAAAGAAAACAAGUUACAUGUUGUGCCCCAGACAAGUGUAUAUUUUAUUGUGGCACAAAUCAUAUUGUGGAUAAUUGGAUCCACUGACUUAACAUUGGGAUACUUGAUUUUAAUGGACAUUUACAAAGAGAGAGAUAAAGACAAGGUUUUGCUGUAGAGGUCAUCUUUUGCCCACUGUGAAAACGAACGUGUACCUGUAUACAGAUAUAGAUAUAUUUAAAACAAGACAUCAACUUUUUUUGUUUUUGAGAAGAAGGACUGAAAAGAGAGAGAAAAAGGACUUUGGGAAGCUUUGGAGAUCUUCUUAGGAGGACAUGAGAGGCUGCGGGCACACCAAAACUGGGCAUGGGAGCCAAAGGCCGGCUCAAAACAGCUUUAAAACCACCUCCUUAUUUGAUAACUGACAAUUCUGUAAUGGAAAUGGACUCUGGAACCAAUGGACAUGUGUGACACAGAGAGGAAAGUCCUUAGAUGAAACUGAACUUUAGUGGCUCCAGCUGCCUCUUUUCCUUUCUGUCUGUCUCUUUCUUUCUCCAGCUCUGCCUCUGCUUCUGCUCUUUGAUGGACAUUUUCCAAAUUUCAGGACAGGAUGGACAGACACGCUUGCUUCAUUUCUCCCAGUUCAUGUUGCUACCCGUUUCAUUUCCUUGUGCUUGUCUCUGGUUGACAAGUUAAGCUCUCCAGUCAAAUGGCGGCUCACCCCUCUCUCUGUUGAUUACAUCAUCUAAAAAGAGAAAAUAAUAACAGAGAGAGGGGACGGGCUCUCAAAGCUGUCAUUCUUAACGAGGCAGUUACACUAAAAAAGCGUAUUAACCAAAAUUAACAACCAAACUAACAACCAAACAACCAUUUGCUCCAACUUCAAAGAUGAACUGUUACUUGGAGCUCUUUGUUCCUUUUGUGACUUCUGGUGCCACAAUGUUUUUUUAUGCUUUUAGUUUUUCUUUUUGUUUCCUUAAAUUACUCCUCCUUUGAGCCUCAUAAGCAUGGCUCUGUGGCUCCAGGCAGCCCAUCCGAGGGUAGAAAAAAACAGCCUUGCAAUGUACAAAAAAGAGCAAGUUAAACCAAAAAUGUUGUUCUUGAUGUCUUUUCUAUACUGUAGUCUUGUUAGCUUUUUUGUUACUGUAAUUAUAUGAUGAAGAUUUCCAAACUGUACCAAAUUACAUGGAAACUAACAUACAUACAACCACAUGGAACUUCAGACUUUUAAAGAAACUUUUGUCACAAAACCUUGUUGUCCUAGUUAAGUUGAUUGUAGAUGGUAAUUGAAUAUACUCCUUUGAAAAUAUUUCAUCAAGUAUGUUUCUUGCUCAUUGUGAUACAUUAAAAAAGUAUGAGCAUAAA